UCCUCUGGUAUGGUAUUUAUAGUGAGAACCCCAACCCGGGACUUUCCGCACGACAGAAGCAGGACAGGCGCUGGGCUGCCCCUGCACAGCCCUCGCCUCCCCGCUGCGCUCUGCCCUGCGCUCAGCCGGCCCAGCUACAGCUGCACGUCCUCACUGCACGCUCCUGAGAUGGGACAGGACAAGAGCAAACCCCAGCCUGGGGACCUGAUCGAGAUUGACCGGCCAUUUCAUCAGCACUGGGCCCUCUACAUAGGGGAUGGAUAUGUCAUAAACUUGACACCUGUAGAUAAACCAAAGAUAAUGCUGGGAACCUACAACCUGCCAGUUUUUACCAGUACAGUGAAGAGGCAGCUCCUGGAAGAGGUGGUGGGAAAUCAUAAAUGGCAUGUCAACAACAAGUCUGAUGAGUACCAAACUCCUCUCCCAGUGAAGCAGAUCAUCCAGCGUGCUGCAGCUUAUGUGGGCAAGGAGGUGACAUAUUGUUUGUUUGGUAGAAGUUCCGAGUACUUUGUGACAGAGCUGCGCUAUGGAGAAGCAGUCUCUGAGCAGAUACAGGUUUGUGUGCAAGUUCAGCAUUCCGUAUUUGCUUCUCGCGGCCAUCGAAUUAAGAAAUACCAAGUCAAGCACAUCAUCAAUUCACGGUGAUCUCCAGCAGCACUCGUCUGUUUGUCACAUCUGCUUCUCUCUUUGAUGAAUUUUGUGGUAGUCCGCAGGACCUUGGAAACAAAUUUUCCUUUCCUUACACUGCCACUUCCCCUCCGGUGCUUUGCAGAACACUGGUGCAAGCUUUCUACCUCCUCCUGGUCUUAUCAGCUGCAUCCUAUUGGCUGUUUCUAUGGAAAAACUGAUUUUAACCUUAACUUUCACAAAAAGUAAACUAAAAUUUCCUGAUAGUUUACUCUGUG